AGCUCAUUAACCUGCGGUCAGGGAGUCACGCGCUUCGUUACCUGCUCGGCUUAAUUGAUUAUGAGCACAAGUUUAUUGGUUUUGACGGCGGCGUCCAUGGAUGAAGACGGUGCGUUAGCUGAAGAUUUGGACUGCCCAAGCCUUCUGUGUGAGGAGCUGGAGGAUUUGGAAACAAACAACAACCGAGGGAACAUGAGCAGGAGAAGGAGGAAGAGGAGGGAAAUGGAGGAGGAAGUGUUUAGUCAGUGGGAGGAUGAAGAGGCAGCAGAGGAGAUGGGGCGAGAAGAGAAGGAGGGGGAGAAAGAAAAAGUUGUUGUGUCAGAGAAGGAAGUGGUGGUGACAGAGGGAGAAGAGGAGGAGCAGGUGAAGCCUGAGAGUAGGCUGGAAGCGGGGGCGGCACAGGAGGUGCAGAUGGAAGACAAGAUUGAGAAGGCCAAGGAAACAAUUGCUGAUGAGCAAGAGAGUACAGUAACAAAAAGUUUGGCGCAGAAGAAGAGUAGGAAGAGGCGAGGAAGGAAGCAAAGUGAGCAGGUAAGAAGUAAGAGAGGAGUCAAGGAUGUUGGUGUGAGGUCUGAAGAGGAAAUGAAGAGUCAAACACAGGAGGUGCCAGCAAUGAGCUCGGAGGAGAGCUCGGCUCUGACGGAGCCUUCCAUUGGCCUGAUGAACAGCUGUGACCUUUCUGACUCAGUCUACUUGGGAUUUGGGGGGACAGGGCUGUGUUGUCCCCCAGUUCCCAUCCCUCUGCUGUACUCCUCACAGCCUCCAGUUCCCAUCCAGCCCACACUUCCUCAACCACAUGGUAAAAAGAGACCUCACAGCCCCCUUCUGCCUCACAGUCAACCCCAACAGGGCCCACAGCCUCUUGAGAUGGAAAUAACGCAGGUAUACUCCACCCGACGCUCCAUCCGCUACAGCACCAGGGGCCGAGGUCAGGCCCUUAGCUUCCCUCUGCUGCCGGGGAUUGAGUCUGUGGACAGCUGCCUGCUGCCACCUGCACCAAAGAAGAAAACACGGACGCUCUACAGUACAGAUCAGUUAGAGCAUUUAGAGGCCCUGUUUCAAGAGGAUCACUAUCCGGACGCAGAGAAAAGGAAAGUUAUUGCUGCUUCAGUUGGUGUUACACCUCAGAGAAUUAUGGUCUGGUUUCAGAACCGCAGAGCGAAGUGGAGGAAAGUACUUGCUGUCACAGCAAAGGUUGAACCUGGACAGAAUAGAGCUGAAUCUAGUCCACAUCACCAAAUCAAUCCCACAUUGGCGCACAGCAGUAAGGGAGCACCCCCUUUGUCUCAUUACUAUGCUACCAAGCUACCCCAGCUUGCCCCUGUGCCAACGUCUUUCCCCACCUUAUCCACUCAGAGCCCACCCUCUCACAGCAGCCUGUUGUCCGGCCUCAGCAGCCCAGGUCAAAGCAGGGUGAGCGAUACAGCCCAGAACCAGCUUUCAUCUCAGGGGGGUUUGGUGGAGUAUCCUCCCCGUCCCAUGCACAGCCCUCCCCCACUGCGGCGAGCCAGCCUUCCACUUUUUACCACGACCUAUAGCUCUGCUAACCCCACUCAGUCUCUCCUCAACACACCAGUCCACACCCCACCUCUGUUCCUGGAUGCUCUGGAGGGUGGCUCUACCUUGGCCCAUCGUGACACCCAGCCUCUGCCGACUGACACCAGUUCACUCUUUGACUUGGACUACCUGAUGUCUAGCCAGCAGAAUAACACUUUGUCUUACCAGCACCAGACCUCCUACCCCACCAGCCAGCCACAGCUCCAACCUCAAACAUCUCUGCCUCGCAUGGCCUACCUCACACCAUCCCCCUACCUCACCCCUAACCCUCCAGAUUCAAAUCCUACCUCCUACCUGACGUUUGGCCCUGGAGGAAACUCAACUGGUGUGGUGACCUACUCCGCCAGUGGUCACACCUACUUCCAUUCCCAGAGCGGAGGUCAAAUCCUACUGCAGUCAUCUGGUCACCACGCUGGGAUUACAGCGUACCAGUCUUACCCAUGGGGCAACAUGUGCAGUCAGCCAGCCAUGCACCAGCAUCCUCAGUGCCCUCCUGCUUACCCUGGCAGCUUGGGACCUGGUCAAGACCACCAGACUACCUCUUCCACCAGCUUUCCUCUUCCUUUGUUCUUCCCUGGGGGGGACCAUGAUUCUUCACAUGCAAAUUCCCAUCAUCCUUCAUUCAGCCAGAUUCACACCAGCACCACCAAUGUCCUUCCACCUGUGUCAUCACUGCGGCCUUCUUGCCUCACGGUGGAGGCGACUCCAACCAAGGAGUCAUCUCUCCUUCCUUCUCAGGUCAAUGCUGCCUCUCCAGAAAGCCCGCCAGUGCCCCCGUGUGACAAAAUUGAGUAUGACAGUCCUCGAGAGAUUCACAGUCACUUCCACUGUGACUUUUCUCCUAUACAGUUUUGAUGUUAAGCUUGCGCCUGUAUGUGUGUGUUUCAGCUGUAUGUAAAUAUAAUGUGAAUUUCUAAAUUUUGUAUUUGUAUUACUGUUAG